AGGCCCGUCUACCAGUAGCACCGGACCAGAGCUUGGUGGGAGAACUCGGAAACCGCUAGUCUCCGUUCGCUUGUGCCUAUCGCGUCCGCGCGAUAUGACCCACGCGAAGAACGAUCGCGAUAGUUCUGUUUUAACACUUCUUGUAGGUAAAGAUUUCGCGGUUUUAGUGAAACUACCUGGAAAUCCGACUGAAAAAGAUUUCCCAAGUUUAUAUGGCAUGAUCAACGAGGAAAAUGGUGAUGUUAAAUAAAUAACUUUUCUUCAACACGCCCUGUCUGUGUUCUUUUAGGCUAGAACUGUUUUUCUUUGGAACAGGAAAAGGAUACAGGAAACUCAUGUCUGUUUGGAGCACCAACACUGUCGGCCUAGAUUUGGGCAAAACAUCCAAAAGUAACGGCAUUGAAAGCGGCAACAGCAUCCUUUUUAAUAGAAAUAGCCACAUUAUUAAGUGUCACAAGAUGUCUCAGCUAGAAGACGAAUUACACACGCCUCGUUACCUCUCCUGGCGAAAACUACACCUCUCCAGGGCCAAACUCAAGGCUUCCAGCAAAACCUCCGCGUUACUAUCGGGUUUCGCCAUGGUGGCCAUGGUGGAGCUGCAAAUUUCGGCGGAUUCCAACCCUCCGAUCCCCAGCCCCAUUCUAGUGACGUUCGCCAUCAUAACUACUCUCUUGGUUGCCGUCCACAUGCUAGCCCUUAUGAUAAGCACCUGCAUCUUGCCCAAUAUCGAGGCGAUCUGCAGUUUGGACACCAUCAACCUGGUGGAGGAGUCGCCCCACGAACGCCUCCACUGGUACAUCGAAACCGCCUGGGCGUUCUCGACCCUCAUAGGCCUCCUGUUGUUCUUGGCCGAGAUAGCGAUACUGUGUUGGGUCAAGUUCAUCACGAUCGACAGAACGGCUGCCUGGUCGGGAAGUGUCAUACUCAUCCCCAUAUUGUUUGUGUUCCUCGCGUUUGCUAUACAUUUUUAUAGGUCCUUGGUCGCGCACAAGUACGAGACUACUCUGUCCGGGAUACGGGAAUUGGAAUUGUUGAAGGAGAAAAUCGAACAGGGAGAUAUGGAAGGCCAUGGUGGGAAUGGCAUGAACGAUUUGAUUCACGUGGUUUAGCGAUCGGUUUUGUUUCUUUUUACGAUUUGAUGUUUUAAGCAAAACGGAGUCGGGUCGGCUUGGACUGUUACAAAGUUGCUUUACUUAACGGGCAAGGUUUCUGCAGAAACGUUUCCACUUUCGUAGAUAUACAGGGUGAGGUCGAAUAUAUUGCCGGGACUAGAAGUCUGUAAUAGUCCUUUUAAAAAUAAAUAUGGUUUUUCAUAUGAACAUUUUUCUAAAUAUGCUCCAUUUUGGAUCUAUAAGGUGAUAAGGUUUAAAAAAACUACCAUAUUUUAUAUUUUUUCUAAUUGGAUUUAUUUAUUUUGCAUCCCAGGCAAAUCGUAGAACUAAUUUUCUUGUUUGAAUUAAUUUUUUGUACAUCAUGUUAGCCAUUAUAAAACAGUGCUAAGUUUAUUUGCAAGUUUCCAUUAGUUGGGAAUAUAUAGGGUGUUCUAGAGUGCACACGCCAAACCUUAUCUGGUGAUCCAGCACCUCAAAAUCAUAAAAAAAGUUCUUCUAAAUGUUAUUCAUAGAAUGCUUCGUUUUCAAGAUACAGAGUGUUGAAAUUUAAAUAACAAUCAUCUUUAUUUAAGUAUCUCGUAAAAUAAUUGACUUAGAUUGAUCAAACUUGAGGUAAUCAAUUAUGGGCAAAAAUUUGUUGAGUUGCUACCCAAAUUUAUCAAUCAGUGAUAGAGAUACCUUCUCUAAGAACCCUAGAAUUUUAUUGCCAAGAAGUUUCGGAAAUACGAAUGUUUUACUCGAGAACUGAGCCAUUUGUUAUUAUUAAUUAAAAUAAGCAAAAUUUAUAACAAAAAAUGUAUAUUUUUUUUUCUGAAAGAAUAGUUUUGGAGUUGUUUUCGAUUUUGCAACUUCGAAGGCUUAUUUUAAAUUUAAAACAAUAAUUUUGCAAAAAUGGUUUGUUUUUCGAAUAAAAUGGAGUACACGUUUCUUUUGUUAAACACAAACCGGAAUCCAAUUCACCAAAUAUUCAGUAGUGUCGAAAUUCUGGGGUUGACGGUAUCUCCCUUCAUCUCCGCCACUGGUUAACAGAUUGAUGUAUAAACCCAGCAAAUUUUUGCUCAUAGCAUUGCAAGUUUCAUCAAUCUACGAUAAAUAUUUUAACGGGUAUUUAAAUAAAUGAGAUUUUUAUUUAAUUUAAGCACUAUCUUGAAAAUGAAACGUUCUACGACCCACAUUUUUAUUAACAAUUUUUUCUUAUUUUGAAGUGUUCUAUCACCAUGGCGGGACAACUUGGCUAACAUUGUAAGUCAUUCACUCUGUAUGAGAAAAAAAAA